AAACUGUCGAAACAUUAUUUUAACAUAUUUUCUGAAUCAAUUCAUCAAUCAAAUUGGUGAAAAAAUUGAUUUUUUUAAUCAAAAUUCAUCAUUCAGAUUUAAAUCCAACAUUUAUAUUUCUGCAAAACCCUAACAACACUAUCAAUUCUUCAAUGGCGAAUUCUCUCAGAAAACCGGCAGUAUUAGACCCGAUGUACUACCCUAUCAUCGCUUUACUCAUCACACUUAUCGCCUGUGUUGAACUUUCCUACGCCGUCACCGCCGUCGACGUUUACCGGCUUGUUCAAUAUGAUAUCUCCGGUGUACCUUUCGGUUCUCGGCUAGCUUCUCUUAAUCAUCACGCAGGCUCAUCGAUUUUUGGUUCUGGCUCUAGUUCUGAUCUCUCCCGUACGGUUCUCAUUCUUCCCGUUCGUGAAUUGAACCUUACUCUCAUUACAGAAUAUAUUGAACAGAAAAAGCUAUUAGGGGGUUUGCUGCUUUUACUCCCCCCAAAAUUUAGUCCAGAAAAUAUAGACAGCACAUUUGGUGCUGAUAAGGAUAUUGACAGCUUGAGGAACAAAUUGGUCGAGUUGGAAUGGCUGCUUACACAUUCUAAUAUUCCUUAUCCUGUAUAUUUUGCUUUCGAGGAUGAUAAUAUCAAUGCUAUAUUAGCUGAAGUUAAGAGAAAUGAUGCUAGUGGUCAACCUGCAACAGCUACUACAGGCGGCUACAAGCUUGUUGUUGCUGCCUCAGAUCCCAAGAGAAUUGCAUCCCCCAACCUUGCAAAUAUUCAGGGAUGGUUACCAGGGCUUAAAGUUGAUGGAGACUCGAAUCAACUACCAACUAUUGCUAUAGUGGCUUCAUAUGACACGUUUGGGGCUGCUCCGGCAUUGUCAGUGGGAAGUGACAGCAAUGGAAGUGGUGUAGUGGCACUUCUUGAAAUAGCUAGGUUGUUUUCUGCUCUGUAUUCAAAUCCUAAAACUAGAGGUAGAUAUAACUUGCUCUUUGGAUUGACAUCCGGUGGCCCGUAUAACUACAAUGGAACUCAAAAGUGGCUUCGGAGUUUUGACCAACGUCUACGUGAGAGUAUAGACUAUGCCAUCUGCUUGAAUAGUGUUGGGUCCCUUGGAAAUCAGUUACAUCUUCAUGUUUCUAAACCUCCAGAAAAUGCCUACAUACAGCAGAUAUUUCAGGGUUUCUCUACUGUAACAGAAGAACUGGGCCUUCAAGUGGGUCUUAAGCACAAGAAAAUAAAUAUCUCGAAUCCUCGAGUAGCCUGGGAGCAUGAACAGUUUUCAAGGUUGAGAGUCACUGCAGUAACACUUUCUGAACUUUCAACUGCACCUGAAUUACUGGAAAGCACUGGAGGUCUGACUGAUAACAGGCAUUUUACAAGUGAAGCCUCAAUCAUUCAAAGUGUCAAGCUUGUUGCUGAAAGUCUAGCAAGACACAUUUACAGCCAGGAGAAGAAAAGCAUAAGCAUAUUUGCAGAUGACAGUAGCUUAGCUGUCAAUCCUUCCUACAUAAGGUCUUGGCUAGAUCUCUUAUCCACAACACCUCGAGUGGCACCUUUUCUUUCAAAAAACGACCCGCUUAUUAAGGCACUGGAGAAGGAAUUAGCUGAUCAUACUGCCGAGGUGAAUGUACAGCAUGAGACUCUAGAUGGAACGUUCACUUUUUACGAUUCAACUAGUGGCAAGUUGCAUAUAUAUCAGGUUGCCAGCGUGACAUUUGACUUGCUUUUGCUGUUGGUUCUAGGAUCAUACUUGAUUACACUUUUCAGUUUUCUUUUUAUCACUACCAGGGGUCUUGACGAUCUUAUUAGUCUAUUCCGUCGUCCCCCAUCACGGAAAGUAAAAACCGCUUGAUUCCUGAAGCAGGACAUUUCUGCAUCAAGCGCUUGUGAAUCAAGAAGCAGGCGUUACUUUUUGUAACCUUAAGGAAGCUCAUCUUUAGCCAAGUUUAUCAGUGGUUCAAUGGGCAGUAAACGUUUAGCAUUUCAUGGAAAAGUUCCACAUAUUUUGCUUCCGUAGGUGUCCCAUAGUCAUUUUUUCUACUGAGAUUAAAAUGUCACUCUCGCAGUUGGUUUUUCUCAUUGAAUUAUGAGUUCUAAACUUGUAAACCAGCUGACGUAGAGCGUCAAUUUUGGCGGAUUGAAUGUAUUUAUCUUCUGAAAAGAUGCAGGGGUUCUGUUUUGUUAGAGAAUCUUUUCAAAAACCAGUUAAAGUUAAUGCUGAGUGAGUUCA